AUGUUUGAACUAACAGUCUCCCACACAACGCGGCAACCACGCCCCGGUGAAAAAGACGGUAUAUCCUACCACUUCGUCUCAGUCGAGACAUACAACACCCUCAAGCACAACGGGGAUCUGAUAGAAGACGCCAUGUACACCGGUGCCUUCUACGGCACGAAGACUGGCGUGCAGCAGGUGAAAACAAGCGGGUUUGACGCCCGUUAUGUUUUUGUUAAACCGCGGGAUCUUGGUGUGCUGGAGGAGAGGCUUAGGGGUCGGGGGACAGAGAGUGAGAAGAAUAUUCGGGCUAGACUUGAUCGCGCGAGGAGGGAGCUUGAGUUUGCGGAGACUGCGGGUGUUUUUCAGAGGGUUAUUGUUAAUGAUGAUCUCGGGAGGGCUUAUGCUGAGCUUGAGGAUUUUGUUUUUGGGUUGGGCUAG